UUCUGGAGAAAACAACGUCAACUGAAUGCACCUGUAUUUUAACAAAACAGGUUGAUGAUUAUAUAAAAACAAGGGAAAUCCUCUGACAUGGAUGUUAUUGAUGAACAUUUAGCCUGUGUGAAAUUAUGCCUGAUGUUAAAAAGUGUUUAAGUACGAUGAAUCGAAGGAAAAGAAAGUGGAAAACCGAACGUUGAAAUGGGGCAUUUCACCUUUAUUUACAUCUUGUGCCUCCUCGCGAACUCCGCUAUUUCCCAGUCAUUUAAAAAUAACGAAAUUCCCACAGAAGAUAUACUAGAAUCACCACUAUGCUGCAAUCUUACGGCAGAACAUGUAGAACUAGAUUACAGCUCCAAAAUUGUAGAGAAUGAGUACAUUGUUAUGUUCAAUGGUUACUACAAGAAUCAGGCCCGUAUAAAUUACAUAAACACCGCCCUAAACGCUUCAGGAAUCAGUAAUUGGAAAAUCAUAGAAAGAGAAAACCCUGCCAGCGACUACCCCAGUGAUUUUGAUGUAGUCAUUCUGACUGACACUGAUAAACUUGAAGGAUUAAAUGCUCUAAAUAGCCAUCCAGCAGUAAAACGAGUUACAGCACAGCGAAUGGUCUCAAGAACAUUGAAAUUCAUCAAUCCUGAGUAUGUUAGAUAUGGGCGGAAAAGUCUCAACUCAAAAAAUCCGUUUUGGCAAGCUACAGGCAGACACACAAGUAGACGAUUAUUAAGAGCUGUUCCUAGACAGAUAACAACAGUUCUUCAAGCUGAUUCUUUAUGGAACAUGGGUAUUACAGGAAAAGGGAUAAAGGUAGCAAUAUUUGACACAGGUCUUUCAAAGACUCAUCCACAUUUUAGAAAAAUUAAAGAGAGAACAAAUUGGACAAAUGAAAAAACAUAUGAUGAUGGCUUAGGUCAUGGAACAUUUGUAGCUGGAGUUAUAGCAUCCAGCAAAGAGUGCCUUGGGUUUGCACCAGAUUCCGAAUUGCACAUUUUUAGAGUCUUCACAAAUAAUCAAGUUUCUUACACCUCCUGGUUCUUAGAUGCUUUUAACUAUGCUAUUUUGAAGAAAAUUAAUGUGUUAAAUUUGAGCAUUGGUGGGCCAGAUUUUAAGGAUCACCCUUUUGUUGAUAAAGUGUGGGAAUUGACUGCAAACCGGGUGAUAAUGGUAUCAGCUAUUGGUAAUGAUGGACCGUUAUAUGGUACUCUAAAUAAUCCUGCUGAUCAAAUGGAUGUAAUUGGAGUUGGAGGUAUCAAUUUUGAGGAUCAAAUUGCCAAAUUCUCAUCAAGAGGAAUGACUACUUGGGAACUACCUCAAGGCUAUGGACGCAUAAAACCAGACAUAGUCACAUAUGGUUCAGCUGUUAAAGGGUCUCACAUUAAAGGUGGAUGUCGCACCUUAUCAGGCACAAGUGUUGCGUCACCUGUUGUUGCUGGUGCUGUCACAUUACUGUACAGUGGCGUACUACAUCGGGGUGAUGUAAUCAACCCUGCCAGUAUGAAACAGGCACUGAUGGCAUCAGCUAGAAGGUUACCUGGAGUGAAUAUGUUUGAACAGGGUCAUGGAAAAUUGAAUCUUAUGAAGGCAUAUCAGAUACUUAAUAGCUAUAAACCACAGGCGAGUUUGAGCCCUAGUUAUGUAGACCUGAGUGAAUGCCCCUAUAUGUGGCCAUACUGUACUCAGCCACUUUAUUAUGGUGCUCAACCUGUAAUUGUGAAUGUUACGGUACUAAAUGGUCUGGGAGUUUCAGGCAAAGUUGUUGGUAGGCCUGAGUGGCAUCCAUAUGCUCCACAACAUGGACGUUUGCUGGAUGUUGCUGUAUCAUAUUCCGAGCUGCUUUGGCCUUGGUCUGGUUGGAUGGCAGUACAUUUGUCUGUGGCAUCUGAAGGAGCAUCAUAUGAAGGAUUAGCCCAUGGUCAUGUUUCAGUCACGAUUGAGUCGCCUCCUGGACCCGGAGAACAACAACCCAGAAGAAGUACAGUUAACUUACCUAUUAGGGCAAAAAUUAUUCAGACUCCACCAAGACACAAACGUAUCUUAUGGGAUCAGUACCACAAUCUCAGAUACCCACCCGGGUACUUUCCCCGCGACAAUCUGAAGAUCAAAAACGAUCCUCUUGACUGGAACGGCGAUCACAUACACACAAACUUCAAAGAUAUGUACCAAAACCUAAGGAACACUGGGUACUAUGUCGAAGUACUUGGAUCUCCCUUUACGUGUUUCGACGCCUCCCAAUACGGUACUUUGUUGAUCGUUGAUCCUGAAGAGGAGUACUUCCCUGAAGAGAUCCUCAAGUUGAAGCGAGAUGUUGAUGCUGGGCUUUCAGUGAUCAUCUUCGCUGAUUGGUAUGUGUUAAGAUGUUUGUAGAUACUGUUUAUAUGUUAAAUAAAAUAUCGCUAUUUUGGU